GAGAUGCGUAGUUCGUUAAACUUUGCCGAAGUUUGUUUUCCUUACUCGAGACGGAGUCCGACCAGAAGGGAGGGCCUUGUGAGGAGACAUAUUGUCGAUAGUUCCUUUUAAAGGAAACCCAUUUUAUGAAAACGAAAAGCAUUUCACAGGGAUAACGUUGCAGCGUUCGAGUGGAAGAGAAAGCUCAAUCCCACAUGACAAUUCUGCACACGAGAUUUCUAUUACUCUUGUGACACAACACCUUAGCAAUUUGCGAGCAUAUAUACAAACACACAUCCAUGGUCCUAAUGAAGUCCAUAAAUAUAUUACCAAAACUGACAAAACUGUUUGGGUGCAUAAAGAAGAGUAAAAAGUGAAAUACUAUUUUUCCGUAGAAAGAGAGCAAGGUCUUCCGUUAUUGCAUGUGGUAGCCUUUUUUCCUCUCCUUUUUUUGUUAGUAAUAGCAAUGCCGAACCAUUUUCGUGUACUCAUGGGACACACGCCACGAAUUUUCUCAUUGGAUUCAACUCUUUUCAUGCAGAUGCUAUGGUAGUUCAGAUAUGAGCUAACCCAUAUAUCUAAACGCAUUUUUUACCAUUCGUUUCUUGUUUGUAUUAUUGAUAGUAGCAAUAAUCAUACUGACCUUCGCAUCAUCUUGAGGUCCAUUUUUUAAAUUGUAUUCGGUUGAGUAGUCUACAGCAAUGCGGCGCACAGGCCCUCAACUAUACAAGAUCCCCAAAAACAUGGGUGUUGCGCCGCGGUACGAUAUUUGGAAUGAAAAAUAUGAGCCAUGGGUACACAUGAAGCGUAUGGGGCGAUUAGUAGGUACUGGCUUCUACAUUCCGCCCGAGUGGUACAACCACUUCCGUAUGUUCCCGCCCAUCAACCACAACUUUCAGGAGGAAAAAACGCUCAACCCACAUAACGAAAGUGAGCCAACACAGGACCAAACAGACCACCUCACGGCAGAGCGCAUUGCAUUGCGGGACGAGUUAGCACGUAAAAGUCGUCUGGUUGCAUCGGAGGGAAUGCGUUAUUACAAUAUAUUUUGGGUCCGUAAACCUCUGGAUCGUAUGGAAAAAGAGUACUAUGAUUUAAAGCGCGGAGGCAUGCCGCAUGAGGAUGCAAUUCAAAAAGUGCUGUCGGGUUUUUAUAAUGACCUCACAGUUAAGAAACGGGUUGCCGCCAUUCAGGCGGAGGAGGCGAAACUAUCCGGGAAGUUCAUUUCAAUGAGGGAGGCUACCGUCGUUAUGAGUGUUCUCGUGCAACUCCAGCGGGAGCAGUUGAUGCCGCAUCAGGUGUCGCUUCUGGCUGACAAGCAGCGGAAGGCAGCGCAGGAGGGGGGUGGCCUAACCGCGGUCGUAACGAGGGCAUCGACCCCCACGGAGGAAUGCACAUCCCCGCCAACAGAGGAUGCUACGUUGUCUGCUGAGUCUCUCGCGGAUUUUCUUUCAAAUGAUAUGUCAGGAUCUGCGGCCUCGGAAAACUACUCUAUUAAGAUCAAGGACACUCCUGAUGAUAGUGUUGAACGGCUCAGGCAGCGUUCUAUGGAUAACACAGGGCAACCUAAUUGGUAUACAGGCACUACAGCACCAUUGAAUUGGAAUGCAAAGGAAGAGGAAUAG